AUGUGGCGAGGCAAGAAGAAGGAUUAUGGCCAGUCUGUCAACGCACCUACUUCGGUCUCCAAAGCGCAUUCGUUCGCAUCCAAAUCACAACUUCCAUCUACCGAUGAUGUCGAUAGCGAAUCGCAGACGUGGCAGUGCACCUUUUGCUACCAACAUAUCGCGCGUAAAUCCUGGCGCCGCCAUGAGGAAACCCAGCAUCGACCCAAACGAAAGUGGACAUGCUUGCUCACUGGCCCUAGUCUCACCAUAUCGUCUCGUUCAGAUGCGUCUACGUCGUGUGUGUUCUGCAUGGCAGCGAACCCCAGCGACAAGCACUUCGCCGAAUGCCACCGCGUAGCUGAGUGCAUGGCCAAGGACGAAAGCGAAAGAACGUUUCUGCGACCCGAUCACCUGCGUCAGCACGUCAAGAACUUCCACAAAGCGAAAUUAGAUGAGACCACCCGCGAUCUCUGGAGACGAGAGGGCCUAGGUAAUCAUGCCGUGGAGAACUGGGUUUGCGGUUUCUGUGCGAAGGUGCUGAAGACAUGGGAUGAUCGUGAGACGCACGUCGCGAACCAUUUCAAGGAUGGCCUGACGAUGGCGCACUGGAAAAGGAAUGCGCAGCCAAAUGCUGGGAUUGAGGCGAGCAGGAAGAGGCCGACUUCGAGCGAAGGACGGCCGAAUGUGCUCUCGAAGUUGGCACGGACGCUUACUUUCCGAUCAUCGCGUGAGCAGCAUCACUACGAGUCGCAGAGUCAGGCCACUGAUGCUUUCGAUACUGCACUGCCAUUCACCCACGCGCCUGAGUUGGAUGCACCUCUUUUGCCGGAACUUGUCUUCGACGACUUCAUGGCGGGCGUUGGUGACGGCGAUUUCAAUUACAGCGACACGAUUCUUGCUGGCGCGUAUGGGCACGACUUUGCUUCUACUGGACGGCAUGAUUCCGCAUUUCCAGACGAAGAAAAUGCGGGGUUUGACUUUGGCGAUCUGACGGAUGGGUUCGUCAACCAAGAGUUUGGGAAUGGGGAUGCCUUUGGGUUGUGGUAUCAGUAG